UUAUGUAUAGAAAAGAAAGAUUGAACUAACAAAAGACCCAACCCUGCUUGAGUCAUUAUAAAUACAUUAAAACAGCCAUUCUGUUUGGUGCAUCAACUCGACUGAAAAUGACAAGCCUUUCCAGUCUCUUCAAGAUUCUAAGUUGCAGGGACCAUGUGGAGUACUAUGUUCUAGUCGUGAUCGUUAUAUCCUCUGCUUUAUGGUAUUUUUGGCUUUACGCCAAAUCCAAACCUCAGUCUUCUCCCUUGCCUCCGGGACCUUGGGGUCUUCCGAUAGUUGGAAACCUCCCGUUUCUCAAACCAGAGCUUCAUACCUACUUCCAAGAGCUGGCUAAAAAGCACGGUCCCGUUUUCAAACUCUGGUUCGGCUCCAAGCUGGCGAUCGUGGUCACCUCCUCUGAGGUGGCCCGUGAGAUUCUCAGGACCAACGACGUCAUCUUCGCGAACCACGAUGUCCCCGCGGUGGCUCUAGCUAGCUCGUACGGUGGUAUUGAUAUCCCCUGGUCACCAUAUGGACCGAGGCUACGGAUGCUGAGGAAACUAUGUAUUAAUAGGAUACUGAGCAACGCGAGGAUGGAAAAAUCUGUUGACCUACGCCGCGGAGAGACCCGGAGAACGGUUAGGUACUUGGCGGAUCUUGCUCGGGCCGGGUCACCGGUUAACUUGGGAGAACAAAUAUUCUUGAUGAUACUAAAUGUCGUGACGCAGAUGUUGUGGGGCGCUACGGUUCAGAACGAGGAUAGGGAGCUUGUUGGAGCCGAGUUCUCGGGAUUAGUUCAAGAGAUGAACGACCUCCUGCUGGUGCCCAAUUUAUCUGACUUCUUCCCGGUGUUGAGCCGAUUUGAUCUUCAGGGUUUGACUAAGCGUAUGCAAGGACUGGCUGAGAGGAUGGACCGGCUGUUUGACCGGGUCAUUAAUCAACGGCUGGGGAUGGAUAAGGGAAGUGAAGGGAAGGGUGAGGAUUUUUUGGAGGUCUUACUAAAAAUAAAGGACGAAGAUGAUGAGAAGACGAAUCUCAACAUGAACGAUGUGAAGGCGUUGCUUAUGGACAUGGUGCUCGGUGGUACGGAUACAUCAGUACAUGUCAUAGAGUUUGCGAUGGCUGAGAUAUUAAACAACCCAGAGAUCAUGAAGAAAGCUCAACAAGAACUUGACGAAGUUGUGGGCAAAGACAAAAUAGUUGAAGAAUCUCACAUCCCUAAACUUCCAUACAUUCUUGCUAUUAUGAAAGAAACUCUGAGGCUUCACACGGUUGCUCCACUCCUUAAUCCUCACCGCCCAUCUCAAACCACCGUGGUGAGCGGCUUCACUAUCCCUAAAGAUUCAAAGAUCUUCAUUAACGUGUGGGCGAUCCAUAGGAAUCCAGGUGUAUGGGAGAACCCACUUGAGUUCGAUCCCAGCCGGUUUCUUGACCAAUCUUAUGACUUCAACGGAAAUGAUUUCAACUAUAUUCCGUUUGGAUCUGGUCGUAGAAUAUGUGUGGGAAUGGCAAUGGGCGAGAGAGUUGUUCUCUAUAAUAUCGCUACGUUGUUGCAUUCUUUUGACUGGAAACUUCCUCAAGGUGAGAGAGUAAAGGUCGAGGAGAAGUCUGGGAUCACCUUGAAGCUGAAGAAUCCACUUGUUACGACCCCCGCGCUAAGGUUGGCUGAUCCAAAUCUUUAUCUCUAGGGUCUUACUCUUACACAAGCGAAGAAAUGAGUAUAUGUGUUGUGUGAACUAAUAAAGCCGAACAUGUUAUAGGGCUUUCGCAUGUUGACAAAGUUUGUUGUAGUGUCCUGUUUUUUUUUUUAUCUUUUUAGUUUCCUUCGCUGGUAUAUGUGUUGUGUGAACUAAUAAUAA